AUGGCGCGCGCGUUCCUAAUUCAAAUUCUCGUCUUUAUUUAUACGGUUCGAUCAGAAAAUGUCGUUUCGACACCGGAGCCAAAGAAAAUUCUGGACACAAUAAUGAACCCAUCCUACAUACCAGCUGAAGAGAAACAUGGGUCAUAUUGGAGGAAGUCCGCUGCUGACACCUUAAAAGCCAAGUUACAAGAGACAGUUAACACAAAUAAAGCAAAGAAUGGCAUACUUUUUAUCGGCGAUGGUAUGUCCCUGGCAACUAUAAUGGCAGCAAGGACGUUUGAAGGUCAAACGGACAGGAAUUUGGGUGAAGAUAACACACUGUCAUUCGAGAAGUUUCCAGUUUCUGGAUUGGCACGGACAUACUGCAUAGAUGCCCAAGUACCGGAUUCUGCCUGCACAGCGACGUCCUACCUCACUGGGGUGAAGACAAAGUACGGAGUUAUAGGUCUAGAUGGAAACGUGACCAGGGCCUCGUGCUUUUCGCAACUUCAUAAGGCGAACUGGGCGCCAUCUAUCGGACAAUGGGCGUUGGAUAGCGGACUUGAUGUUGGACUCGUAACAACGACACGUGUUACCCACGCCUCGCCUGCUGGAAUGUACGCCCAUACUUCUGAGAGAAACUGGGAAUCAGAUGCUGAUGUACCAGAUGAAUGCUUGAGUCUGGGCUGCAAGGAUAUAGCUUAUCAGCUGGUCAUGGGAGACCCGGGAAAACAGUUUAAGGUGAUACUAGGUGGCGGUAGACGUGAAUUUCUUCCCAACAUCACCUCCCCCCUAACAAAUUACACUGGAAGACGAAAUGAUAACGUCGACUUGACUGACAUGUGGCAUGUAGACAAACUGGAGAGGAACGCCACGCACCAGUACGUCACAGAUAGAAAUGAACUGAUGAAGGUGUACAAUUCAGAUGACCUGCCAGAUUACCUGCUGGGGCUGUUCAAGGAUGACCACAUGGACUAUCAUAUGCAGGCUUCCAACCAGCCAACUCUCGAGGAGAUGGUGGAAGUUGCCAUUAAGAUGCUGAACCGCAGUGAAAAGGGAUACUUCCUGUUUGUUGAAGGAGGCAGAAUUGACCACGCACACCACGAUAGCUACGCCCAUUUAGCACUAGACGAAACAGUUGAAUACAGUAAAGCAGUCCAAAAAGCCAAGACUCUAACCAAUCCUGAAGAUACGCUGAUCGUAGUUAGUUCAGACCAUUCCCAUACCAUGACGGUGGCUGGGUAUCCCUCGCGAGGGAAUGAUAUCCUCGGAGUGGUGGAUACAGCUAAAGGCAUGGAUGGUAAACCAUAUACUACGAUAAGUUAUGCUAAUGGAAAAGCGAAGUCCUUAGAUGAGAGUGGACGAGUGGAUGUCACUAUACACAGUGAGUUUUCAAAAAAAGCUUUAGACUAUUCGUACCCAAGCCUGGUUCCCUUGGACUCCGAGACCCACGGCGGUGAGGAUGUAGCCGUCUUCGCAUCCGGACCCUGGCAACACCUCUUCACUGCCAGCUAUGAGCAGUCCGUAGUUCCACAUUUCAUGGCAUACGCCAUGUGCAUCGGAGACCAGAAACACGAGAACUGCAAACCAAAGAGUCGGCAUAGAACAUUCUGGACGUCUGAUGGCGUAGCCCAAAAACCGAAUAAAACUACCUUCUUUACAGAUUUCACACAAAAGAGAUUGUUCGAUGAGAAAAAUAAAGAAUAUUGGAGACAGCAAGCUCAAUGGACUUUACGAUCAAAAUUAGCAAGACCGCAGAACACCAAAGUAGCGAAGAAUGUCAUAAUGUUUCUUGGUGAUGGAAUGAGUAUCACCACGCUGGCUGCAGCUCGUGUGUACUUAGGACGGAAGUACGGCCUCACUGGAGAAGAAGUUAAAUUGAGCUUUGAGUCUUUUCCCCACACUGGAUUAGCUAAGACGUAUUGUGUAGACCACAAUGUUGCUGACUCUGCGUGCAGUGGGACAGCCUACCUCGCUGGGGUGAAGGCCAACAGUGGGACGGUGGGCCUUACUGCAGCCGUGAAGCGUGGGGAUUGCGAAGGGCAAAGGAACGGCGCUAAUACGGUCACUGGAUUAGUGGAUUGGGCACAGAAAGCUGGCAAAGCAACAGGUAUUAAAUAA